AUGCAAUGCGCGGGAACUCAAGGUGCGGACCCGAUUCCGAUGGCCGAAUCACCCAAUCAGCCCAAAGAUGCACCCCCUCCCACUAUGGAUGUCGUCGCUACUACCGAGUUAGCCGCCGGUGAUGCUUCAGAUCUCCAUCGCCCACCCUGUUUCUUUCGCAGUAUUCAGUGGACAGCGGACGGCACUAGCGUCAUUGCUUCUACUUCGGACAGCCGAAUAUCGUCCUAUGUUCUACCAGAGGAUCUUCUCGACCCCGUAGGUAGACCCCGGAGUCUAACACCGCAGGGUCAGUUGCAGCUUCCUGAGCCGUUCUACUCAGCUGCCAUCGCACCCUACUUUUCCCUAUCUGAGCCGCAGUCUCACUUGGCUCUUGUCUCAUGUAAAGAUCACCCUAUCCAGCUUUACAACGUCUUCUCCGGCUCCCAGUCACCUCCACUCUGUUCGUACAAGCUUGUUCGACGAGAGACAGAGGAAUACAUUUGCGCCGAGUCUCUACUCUGGUCCUGGCCCGGAUCCCAUUUCCUCACCGGUUCCUCCAACCGGCUUGACUACUUUGACAUAUCACGCACCGGAUCUGAUGGCCCAAUUCUUACCAUACCCACCAUCCCUUCCAAGAGACAUCUGCUCAAAGGCGGCGGCGUUGGGAUGAAAGGCAUGGUAUCGACGCUGUCAACCCAGCAUCCCGACGAGUCUGGAGCUGCAAUCAUUGCCGCCGGCACUUGGACCCGUUGGAUGGGCCUGUACGAUAUAACUCGGACUAACAAGCCCGUGGCUAACUGGAGCAUUCAAGGCGUAGCCGAAACCCACUUUGGUCAAAGUGUUGGGGGAAAUGGCAUUGUUCAGACUAUAUGGAGCCCUUGUGGCCGCUAUUUGGCUAUCAACGAGCGCCAGUCCAGUGGUAUUCUCGUGUACGACAUACGGGGGACGGGCCAGCCUCUUAGCCUCCUUCUUGGCCGGACCACAGCGACUCAACAGCGACUUACUUGUGAUGUUUUCCCUGGGAGUGGGGCCUCGGGCGGAGGGUUCGAGCUUUGGGCCGGGACAGACACCGGAAAUGUCCUCGUGUACGAAGGGGUUGGUGGCAAGGAAGGCGUUGCUGACAAGUCUUGGGACUGGGCCGCCCACCAGUCACCUGUCGGAAGUACGGCAGUUCAUUCUACCGGAUCAGUGAUCGCCACCUGCUCGGGAGCAUGGACAGCCCAUGCGGAUAUUGAACUUGACAGCGAACUAGGAGUUACCGACGAAAGCGGUCAGCCACUUUUAGCAUCUACACGCAUUACUUCGGAGUCUUCCCUCAAAAUCUGGACACUGGCGUCUACCACCACGCCCCAUGCAGAAGAUGGCUCUAGAUCCGAUUGA